AUGGAGCAUUUGCCGUCUCUUGUGGAUCCAUUGUACAACAAGGAACUCAUCGAGCUGAUGCAGGCGAUCGCUGGAGAUGAUGCUUCUGGAGUACACAAGGGCAUGUCUCAGCUGACGGAGAUUCUCCAUAGGGAACGCGAAGGCGACGGAUAUCGUUCUAGCUUGUUUCGUGCUGGCGGUCAUUUGAUUGUGAUCAAUGCUAUGAAACGACAUGUUGGAUCGUCGCUGGUUCAGGAAGAAGGUUGUCGAGUGAUUGCGGCUUUCUCGCUCCUGAACAAGAAGCUUUCAUUUGCGGCUGUGGGUGGCAUUGGGAACAUUUGCAUCUGCCUGGCAUCGGUGGGCGCGCUGGAGAGUAUCAUCUCUGCCAUGGACGCUUUUCCGGAAGACGCGCGUCUUGUCAAGAGGGGCUUUCGGGCUUUGAACAAUCUAAUGAGCUCCAAGGGCAUUGUUGGUCUGUUUUUCGAUUUGAACAUGUUCCCUCAACUUGCCAAGCACAUGACCGACUUUCCCGACGACGCUGCCAUUCAAGAGGACGGUUGUCGAAUUGUGCGGUUUUCGUGCACGUAUCCUCGUGCCCGGGAUAACUUCAAGAAGGGUGGCGCCUUGCGAGUGAUUGCGGGCGUACUAGAGCGUUUUGAAGAAGGAACACCUACGUACAAACAAGCAUUUCGGGCGUGGAGCAUUGUGUUACAUGGGGAAUGA